AUGGAGUUCUUCAACACCGCCAAGGCUGUGAAGCUCCGCAGUCACCUCGACAAGUACCUUGUCGCCGAUGACAACCCCUUCCUCCUCGGCAUGACAGGCAGAAAAGUGCUCCAGGCGGAAGCCGACAAGAGCAUGGACUUCAAGUUCGAGUGGGAGCCCAUACACGACGGCUUUCAGCUCAAGCUGCGGACGUGGUGCGGCAAGUACUUGCGCUCCAACGGUGGGCCGCCGCCAUGGAGGAACGCCGUCAGUCACGACGACCCUACCACGUCCUCCACCUCCCUCAUGGCGCUUACAGUACUACUGAUCAUCUUCAAUUCCAAAAUAACAAGUCACCACCACCAGCAAAUGGGAUCUUGGGGCUGA